AUGCAAUUCACUUCAUUAGCCACCGUUGCCAGCUUGUCUGCUUAUGCUUCAGCUGCUGCUUACCAAAAUGGUACCAUUGUCACUGUUGAUGUUACCGUUACUGGUUACACCACCUACUGUCCAGAACCAACCACUAUAACUGUCACUGUUUGUGAAGAGUCUGACAUUUGUAAAGCAAGUGAAAUUGAAGUUAAAGAACCAACGACUGUUACAAUCACUGAAGAAUGUAUCAUUCCAACUUCUUACACUACCAAUGAGAUCACUAUCACCAAGACCAUCUGUGAAGAAGAAUGUGUCACUGUUGCCCCAGAAUCUAAAGCAGAAGAAUCUACAAAGGCUGCUCCUACUGAAGCUGCCCCUGCUGAAUCUGCCCCUGCUGAAUCUGCCCCUGCUGAAUCUGCCCCUGCUGAAAUUGCUCCUGUUGAAUCUAAACCAGCCGCUGUUGAAUCCAAAGCUGCUCCAGUUCAAUCAGCACCACUUGAAAUUGACACCACUUCUACCAUCUACCAAAAUGUUACUUCAUAUGAAGGUUCUGGUGCUAAGAAUGUCGCUGGUGUUGCCGCUGGUUUGGUAGCUAUUGCCGCUGCUUUAUUAUAA